AUGGCUCUGCAGGCGGCGAACGGGAGUGUGCUGGGGGUGCCGGCGGGCUGCGUGGAGCAGGGGAACCUCAGCAUGGAAGUUGCCGAUUAUAACAUCAGCUGCAGGAACAGCUCCGUCCUCUCCAGACUGGCCACCAGAGCCAGGGAGAUGGACUCGCUUCGUAUCCUGCUCUACUCGCUCAUCUUCCUGCUGAGUGUCUUUGGCAACCUGCUGAUCAUCGUGGUCCUGAUGCUGAACAAGCGCAUGCGGACCGUCACCAACUCCUUCCUGCUGUCGCUGGCGGUCAGCGACCUGAUGAUGGCCAUCUUCUGCAUGCCCUUCACCCUCAUCCCCAACAUCUUAGAGGACUUCAUCUUCGGAGCCUCCAUGUGCAAGACUGUCACCUAUUUUAUGGGGAUCUCCGUCAGCAUCUCCACCUUCAGCCUUGUGGCCAUUGCCAUUGAGAGAUACAGCGCCAUCUGUAACCCGCUGAAGUCUCGCGCGUGGCAGACCCGUUCCCACGCUUACCGCGUCAUCACCGCCACAUGGGUGGUGUCACUGCUAAUCAUGGUGCCAUACCCAGUGUUCAGCACCCUCAAGUAUUUCCCCAAGACCAACAGUACUGUCGGCCACAUGUGUCGCCUGGACUGGCCCAGCGAGCAAGCUGAACAGACCUGGUAUGUGCUGCUGCUGUUCACUCUGUUCUUCAUCCCGGGAGUAGUGAUGAUUAUAGCCUACGGUCUGAUCUCCAGAGAGCUCUACCGAGGCAUUCAGUUUGAGCUGAGCCAGAGCAGAGAGACCACUGGCCAAAAGAACGGCGUAGACAGGGCUGUGGCGGGGUCAAAUGAUGACCACGAUGGUUGCUACAUCCAGAUGACUAAAAAAGCCUCCUCUGCUGUGGAGCUCCCAACCCUCUCCGGCUCGUCUAGUGCCACCCAGGCCAAGACUGAGCGCGCCCGCAGUAAUACCUCGGAGGCCAAGUUGCAGGCCAAGAGGCGAGUCAUCCGCAUGUUGAUGGUGAUCGUAGCACUCUUCUUCAUCUGUUGGAUGCCCCUGUACUCAGCCAACACCUGGAAAGCCUUUGACCUGAAGUCAGCCUCCAGAGCCCUCUCAGGAGCACCCAUCUCCUUCAUCCACCUGCUGUCCUACACCUCUGCCUGCGUCAACCCCAUCAUCUACUGCUUCAUGAACACACGCUUCCGCAAGGCCCUGCUGUCCACCUUCGCCUGCUGCUGCCGCAGUCGACUAUGCCACCAGUGCUGGUGGUGCAGGAGGAGGGAGGGAGGAGACGAUGGCAUCAUCGCCACCUCCAUGGCCACGUCGAUGGCCACCUCCAUGUCCAAGUUCAGCUACACCACCGUCAGCACCACUGGCACCUGCUGAGCCUGAAGGAGAUGUGGAUGGGUACAGAUGUGGAUGGAUCAGUGGCUGUCAGGCAGCAGUUACCGUGUGCACCAUCUGUUUUUUCAAUCUCAUGUUUUUCAUUCUUCAUUUUAAUAUGCUUUUAGUCAAGCGCUGAAUAAAUCCUUGCCCUUGUUUAUGAGGUCUUUUUGAAAGGUCUUGUUCGACUUAUGUGUGCAUGGUUGCAGAAUGUGAGGCCGGGAAAACGCCGUUUCAGUUUGGUGACAUUCUUUUUAUGCAGUUAAUUGGGAGCAUCCGCUUUAUCGCAUCCUGGGGAGAACAUCAAGUGCCUGUGCUCUUUGUGUGGCUUUGUCAUUGUAGGUUGUUUACUGGCUGAGAUGGACAUUUUAGUGAAAAACUACGUUGAAAAUACGAAAUCCUGUGUACAUGUAAAUACUGUCAUUAUGUUCCGACUGUGCCAGUGGUUAAUUUCUGACAAAGACAUACUGUUGAACACUGAGGACUCAGUAAUGAAUCAGUAUGGAUUUCACUUUCAUCUUCAUUCAUUCAGGGUAUCAGAAUUAUAUUAUUGAUGGCUACAUAAGGUAACUUUGGGUCUGGAAUUAUAUUGGAAAUAUAUAUAUGGAAUAUCUGAACACAAAGAAAUCAUCCUGUUUUGACCAAAAUAUAUCAAGGGGCAAGCUUCUUUCUUACCUGUGAGAUAGUGUUUUGCUUUUAUUAUGUUAUGUUUCAUCACUUCUUGUGAGUAAAGCAGAUUUUCUGUGAGUAUACAAACAACAAAAGUAAUGAAGGGAUGUUUUUGAGCCUUUAGCAGAACCACUUUGUGAUUCAGGAUGAUAAGGCAGGUUUAUCUUAUGCAUCUUGAA